CAUUCUUGCUUUUCUCCCAUUUUUCAGAAACUUUGAAACCGUCGGGAGUUUCUAAAUACUUCGGAUUUGUGACACCUAGCUGCUCACAAGAUGGCAUGUGGGCAGGGAGAUACACGACCAAACCCGGAUUUUCUUUUUCAUCCUGUACGUACGGUGAACGUUACGGCCGGAGCCGAAUCGGUCCCUACCGAGUCCGUUAACUUGGUUGCAGCGUCGUCGAGGUUUGGAUUGGUAUUUGCAGCGUUUGAUCAGGGUGUGAAGAUCUGCACUCUUGAAGAUAUUCAAAACUGCGAUGCGGAAGAAGGACCAGGCAGCAAAGGACCUGCUGACAAUUGCCCCUUUCGUGUGCUGCCAACGACAGGACCUGUCCAUUUGGUGGCACUUAAUGCAGAUGACACUACACUGGCUGUUGGAUUGUUGCGGGAUGGCAUUCCUGUUGCCGACAUGUAUGAUGUUCGGGGCUUUGCAGGCCAGGCACUAGAGACUAGACCUAUAGCGACGGUGCGGCUCAGUGCACAGCCUGGUGUGACCUUGCAAGACUUUGCAUGGAACCCGGUGGUAUGUGAAAUGUUCGCUGUCUGCCUUGGCAAUGGCUCUGUGUCCAUCUAUGAGCUUUCUGGAGAAUCUCUCAAGAUUCUCGGCAAUAUUCCAAGCUCUGCAGGGGGCACUGCUUUGUGCUGGAGCCCCAAGGGAAAGCAGCUCGUUGUAGGCAAGAAGGAUGGCAGCCUGACCCAGUAUAAGCCGAACAUGCAAGAGGCCAAGUGCAUUCCACCACCUAUGGUCUCUGAGAACAGUGUCUUGGUUUUAAGUGUGUGUUGGCUGGCCCCUACGGUUUUUGCUGUUGUUUAUGCCCCGGCGACCCGCACAGCAGAUUCACAGGCAAACCUUGUGAUUGUGACAUUCACGAAAACAUCUCCAGUUGUCUACACUGAUUUUGGCGAACCAUGCCUGCAGACUGGGGAGCACCCAAAGGAACGCUUUUGGCUUUACCAUCAGCCAGAUUGGGGCAUCCUCAUGUGCAUGUCCAGAAACUCUAUUGAAUCUGCAGUUUUUGGAUGCAAAUCGGCUGACAAGAUGCAAUGGGAGCUCUGGGAGCUGGAUAGCCAUGGGAGAGCUGAGGUGCCUCUGAAGAACAAAGAGGAGACAUUCCCUCUGGGAAUGGCAGUUUCAUACAGUGCCCAGCGCAACAUCACAAGCAAAAUGGAGUCAUGGCCUCCAAUGCCUGUCCUUCUGGUGCUGUCAACUUGUGGAGGCCUUUCUCCAUUCCACAUGAAGAACUUAGCACGAGGAGCACCUUCUCUCGUGCGACCCCCUGAGCCACUUCUGCCAAAUGGCCAGCGCAAGCCCAUGAGCAACCCUCCACAGCCACAAAUGCAACAGGCACCACAACUGCUGGCUUCAUCCACGUCAACUGGCUUCUUGCCCGUUGGUCAUGCCGCUGCCUCUCCAGCAGCAGUUUCAGCUGCUCCUGGCAGCCGUAUCAGGAAACCAUCAGUAGGAUCUGGUGCUGCCCCUCAGCUUACAACCACAGGGGCUGCAGGAUUUCCCCCUUUCACUAGCCAGCCGUUCUCCACUGCUACUUCAUUCAUGCCUGUAGUCUCAACUUCUGCAGCAGCUGCAAUUGCCUCUGGCAACACUGCGGCAUCUACGUCGUUGUUCUCGUCAGUACAGCCCUCGUCUGCAACAACAGCAUUUUCCUUUGGCUCCAGUGGAGGUAGUGUCUUUUCAUUUGGUGCUAGUGGAGGAGGCAAUGCUUUCUCUUUUGCUCCGGCUACUGUGCCUCCAGUCACAAUGUCAACACCACCUUUGGCUGUGUCCACAACUCCAAGUCAAGGACUUUUCUCCGUGCCUAUGCCCUUAUUUUCAAGUGGAAUGACGACUUCCGCGCCACCUGCUAUAGGCUCCAUACCAUCAGUGCCAUUUACAGUACCAAGUGCAGCUCUCACCACUACACCAGCUGCUACAGUAUUCAGCGUUCCAUCUGCUGUUUCGUCCGUCUCAACCGGCUUCCUUUUCAAGCCAGCAGCAAAAGACGCUAUGGUUUCCCAGGUGUCCUCAGCUCCAGUACCAGUAGCUUCUCAACCUAUGUCAGUGGCUGCACCAAUGACUUCAGCACAGGAUACAGUUGGUCCUUCACUACAAUUGAAGACCUCCCCUCCUUCAGCGGUAGCAGCUUCAGAAAAGCCUUACAAACCGGAGCCAUCUAAGGAUGCUAUCAUUGCAGCCAUGAGUGAUGAGAUAAAAGAGUUUGGGAAGGAAGUGAAGGCUUUCAAAGAAAAAUCGCUGAGCACGGUCAUUGAGCCGGCCGGCAGUGAUGCCAGCUUGAUGAAAAUGAAGAAGCUAGGCACUGCGUUGGAGAGCACUGCCGAAUGUUUGAAGAGUGACAUGGAGAAGACUUAUUCAGAUGUGCAUGGCUUACGUAGCCUGUUAUUUGAGACCUUUGCACUGCUGGAAGAAGCUCGUACAAGGUACUUGAGAAACAGGGACCCCCAGUUUGCGGGACUUCUUCGUGAUCGAGACCUGGACCCUAUCUCAGCCAACCGACUGUCAGAGGCUCGGCGCCUGCAACGCUAUGUUAAGCAACAGCUGCAGGAGGUACACACACGCCUUGAUCUAGAUUGGGAAGAGCAGGUUGCCCACCGCAAUAACAUUAAGGAUAAGGCUGAGCUUUCAUCGGCUGAGGCUAUCUACCGUGCCUUGUGUGACUGCCGCAAUACUGCUGAGCUGCUGUCCAAAACUGUCAACUCAUUGGAAGUACGAUUGAGGAAGGCCCGGAUGGAAAGCAAGCAGAGGAAAUUGUCACCAAGACCAUACUGGAAUGAGGCCAGUGACGUGACCAGGGAAGAGGAAGUAGCUGCAUUGGCAGAUUGCCUUUUGUCAACCAGCCUUUCACUUACUCCUGGCAAAGCCAGGAGCACGGCACGGGCUAAGCCACGCAGGGCUGCCCUCAGUGCUGAGAAGAAGGCAGCUCUGGCCGAUUAUUUUGGUCACAGGGAGGUGUCUGUGAUUAAGCCUCGCGUGAUUGACAAGCAGUCAGAGUCACGCCUGCUUUCCAAGUUGGCACUGGUUCUUCAAGAGUCUAUCGCAAAUGAUCAAGCACAGAAAGAUGAGCAGGCAACCCAGCCUUCUGUCACAACAUCAGAUGGUCAGCAGCACGGGUCAUUCCUGACACUUUCAACUCCUGCAAAGUCAACCACAUCAUCAGAGACUAAGGAUGUCAUAAUGACACCAAAACCGUUCGGGCUCACAGAAGGGGCCACGCAGUCAUUCCGUACAUCACCUCUUGUACGUACUGAAGCAGCAGCAUCAAGUGGUGUUCCGUCUGGCACUACAUUAGCACGAACCAUACCCCCAGAGGCACCUCGAUUGCCACUGACGAAGGUGAUUGAGGUAUCAGUGCAACCCAGCAGCAGUGAUUCAGACCACAAGGGCUCAGCAGCACUUACUGCAAUGCGUCUUCGUGACCACAGUGACCUAACCAUUACGCCACUGACCAUGGCACCACCAGAGAUCUCGUCAGCAGCUGUUACGACUGUAGUGACAAAGCCACUUCCAACUCGCUCAGAGGCCAUAGUCACCUCCAAGGAGGCUGGUUCACCUUCUCCUUUCACAGCACCUAUGACGCAGCCUGAAUUCAAGUUCAAGUUUGUCGGGCAAGGUUCAUCAGGUGCAACCACACUUCCUUCAGCUUUCUCUUUUGGGUUUGCAAGUAGCGCACCUGGUGUCUCUGGUGCUUCAGCCCAGGCUCCCAUCUUCAGCUCUGCCAAGCCCACUGUGGUACCGUCAGCGACAGCAGCAUCAACUGGCUUCAAGUUUGGUGACACACACACGUCCAAGCCUGGUUUCGUGGCGGUCAAGCCAUCUUCAGGCCCAACUUUCAUGCCUGUUUCACAGGCAUCCGCCCUCCCAUCUGUAGCUGUCAGUGAAGAGAGGGCUUCAAAUGAUGGGGGGCCAAAAGGAAAUGCAGAGCCACUGUAUGAAGAUGUGACACCUCCAUUGUCUCCCGCACCAGAACAGGGGAGUGAAGCUGUAGUUUCUACUACGCACGUUCCCACCUCCAGUGCAGUGUCAUCACUCCCAUCUGCAGUGCCAGCAGCAGGGCAAGCACCAGCACCAGCGCCAUUCUUUUCUUUUGCGAAAACCACAACGUCAGCGCCACCAUUCGCGGGCUUUGGUGUGGCCAGCUCUGGACCCCUUUUCAAGCAUGGCUUCGACCAGCAAGGCACAACACCUGUGAAGUCACUGUUCGGCAAUACCAGUGUGUCGUCAGUGUCAUCUGCUGCAGCAGCCUUCAAUUUUACCCUGUCAUCUGCCAAAGACAAGCCCACAACUGGUACACCUACAACUGGUAGUGUCUUUGCACCACUUCAAUCCAAGGUUGCUGGCUCUGAGGACAUGCACUUCCCAUCUGGUGCAGCACUGCCUUCCAAAGACAAUUCUGUGAAAGAUGCUGCAAAGCCCCAACUGUCAUUUCUUCCAUUUGGGUCAUCUGGCUUAAAGCAGUCUGCGGCCAGCAGCGCUGGUAUCUCUGGGACACAGGUGACUGUUUCCACGUCACCAUUCCAGCCAAUUUCAUCCGUAGCAAGUCAGCCGGAAAGUCUCAACCUCACAGCCACCACUACUUUUCCUGCUGUUGUGUCAGAAGCCCAAGCACUUCCAAAGGCAGCCUCCAAUGACUCAAGUCAGAUGCAUGCUGUUUCCUCUACGGUUGCAGCUUCCAUGUCAGAAACACCUAGCAUUGCAUCUUCUGCUCCACACGUAUCCCCGUCCAGCCAGGCUUCAUCACCAACAGGAACUUUGCCAAGUAUGCAAGCUAAUGUUGCAGCUCAAGUUGUUCCUACUACACCAAGCCCACUUCAGUCUCCGUCUGUACCUGCUGAACCAGGAGUAGCAGCACCUGUUGCUUGCACUGAAACUGUGUUUGGGCAAGGGCCUUCGUCAGUACUUACAGUGGCGCCUAUGGCGAAAACAACUGGCACUGUAGUGUUUGGCCAGCCAGCUACGCCUACACCUGUAGCGGUAUCAACCGCACCUUCUUUUGGGUUAGGUUCUGCUACCACACCAUUCAUAAGCCCGGUUUUUGGCAGCCAGGCUGUUACAACUUCGAGCCAAUCGCCUGCACAGACGGGAACAACUGCAGUUACCACUCCUGCAUUUAGUCAGGCUCCCACAACAACCACUGAGGCUUCACCUGCUCCUGUUCCACAUGCCUUCAACAUGCCACAGGUGACAGUGGCAUCAUCAACUGCUCCACUGUCUUUUGGAGCACAGCAAACAGUUGCCGCCACCACCACCACCACCGCAUCAGUGCAAUCAACAUUUGGCCAGGCAGCUGCCACCACACCAACAGCACCAGUGUCAGCACCAUCUUUGUUUGGACAUUCAACUGCUGGUGCUGGUACAAAUGUGUCAACAAUUUUUGGUGCCACGACAACAUCAGCUGCAUCUGCAACUAGCACACCUUCCAUUUUUGGUGGAACAACGUUCACCUCAUCUACAACACCAGCUACCACAUCAUCGUUCUGGAAGCCAGUGGCAUCUGCUGCCCCCAUGUUUGCACAGUCUUCGGCUGGACAAUCAGUCUUUGGACAGGCACCAACAACAGCAGCCUCUCCUUUUGGUCAACAAGGGGUGACAACACCGAGUUUUGGCCAAACAGGUGGAUUUGCCUUUGGCCAGACAGGAGCAGCGUCGACUGCAGCAAGCACUUCUCCCUUUGGCCAGAUGGUCCCAACAACUGCUACAGGAGGCACAAGCGCCUCUUUGUUCGGGCAGAAGUCUUCAUUUGGCUCAGCUUCUGGACAGACACCUUCCUUGUUUGGUCAAAGCCUCUUUGGCCAGUCCAGUGCUCCAACAUUUGGCCAGCCGCAGGCUGCGAGCACCUUUGGUCAGCAGUCGCAAGAACAGCAACAGCAAGGAAGUGGCUCGACUCUGUUUGGUGGAGGUGGCUCUGGUUUCCUCUCUGGCCUUGGAGCAAAGCCAGCGACAGAUGCCUCUGGCAAGAAUGUGUUUGGCGGCUCAUCAUCCUUCACUUCUGCUGGGCAAACCACGAAUCUCUUCGGGAACCAAGGAGCAACCUCCUUUAAGUCAUCCACCUUUGGAAGCUCAAUGGGCAGCGGCGCCUUCUCUGGGAGUGGCAGUUUUAGCAUGGGCGGUGGAAGUGUAGCGCAGUCAGGUUUUGGAGCAUUCCAACAGCAACAACAGCAGCAGCCACCGCAGACACCCCCAAAGACAGCCUUUGGAGGCCCACCAGCAUUCGGGGGCAGCCCUACAUUUGGUGGACCUCCACAGUUCGGUGGAUCGCCAACAUUUGGUGGCAGCCCAUCAUUUGGCGGUGCAGCCACAUUCGGAGCUGCAUCUGCACCCCAGCAGUCUCCUCAAACGCAGCAGUCUGGUUUCAUGAUGUUCGGUAAUGUAGAAGGUCCAACUUUUGGAGGCUUAGCUGCACAGAGCAGCCCUCAGCAGCCAGGAAUGGGCUUUGGAGGCGGAUUCGGCUCUCCAAGUUUUGGAGGUUCUGCUCCCGGUUUUGGAAAUCGGAGCGGUCAGCAAGGAAGUCCGGCACCAGCUUUCUCGCAGUGGCGCAACUGAAGUUUUCAAGAGGUUCGCUGUGUUUGUGUACCUGGGCAUGGGACAUUGCUGCUUUGCCUUGCUGACAAACUCUCUUACAGCAGGUUUCGCUUGCCCCCGCGCGAGCGCAUGGGAAGUGGUGCUUUGUACAUCUGUUCUGAGCGAAUAGUUGUCAUUUUGAACGAGAAAGAAGUAUUUACUGUGAUGUACAAGUAAAACUGCUUUAAAUAAAAAAUACAAUAAUAAAACC